ACAGGGGCAAUAAAGACCCAGAGAGCUGUGCUGCUCAAUUUACAGAAAGGCCCCUCCAGAGAAACCUGGGAAGAUUCUGCACUAUCAGCUCCCUCUCUGAGGUCAGCACGUGGACCUGACCACUCUUUGGUGCCCAGUCUUGUUGGCAACUAAGAGAGUGGUGAGACAGCCUGGCUUUAAGGAGCAGCUACUUCUAGAGUCAGAUCAGUCAAGGGUGCUGAGAACCGGACUCAGAAUCAGAGGAGACAUGAGCAAUCCUCGGCCUUUGGAUGAGGAGGCCUAUGACAUGUCAGGUGCCCGCGUAGCCCUGACGCUGUGUGUCACCAAAGCCCGGGAAGGUUCGGAGGCGGACCUGGUGGCCCUGGAACGCAUGUUCCAGCAGCUGGGAUUUGAGAGUACCAUAAAGAGAGACCCCACUGCUCAGCAAUUCCAGGAAGAAUUGGAAAAAUUCCAGCAGGCCAUUGAUGCCCGGAAAGACUUCGUCAGCUGUGCUUUCGUGGUGCUCAUGGCACAUGGGCUAGAAGGUCAACUCGAAGGAGAAGACGAGCAGAUGGUCGAGCUGGAGAACCUCUUCGAGGUUCUAAAUAACAAGAAUUGCCAGGCCCUGAGAGCCAAGCCUAAGGUGUACAUCGUGCAGGCCUGUCGAGGAGAACAAAUGGACCCUGGUGAAACAGUAGGUGGAGGCAACAUUGAGAUGAUCACGAAAGACAGUCCCCAAACCAUCCCAACGUAUACGGACGCCCUCCACAUAUACUCCACAGUGGAGGGGUACCUCUCCUACAGACAUGACAAAGAAGGCUCCUGCUUCAUCCAGACCCUGGUUGAUGUGUUCACAGAGACGAAAGGACCCAUCCUGGAGCUUCUGAGUGAGGUAACCCGGAGGAUGGCAGAAGCAGAGGUGGUUCAGGAAGGGGAGGCGAAAAAAAUGAACCCUGAAGUACAAAGCACCCUUCGGAAACGGCUCUAUCUGCAAUAGACGUAGAAAGGACAGGGAGGGGUAUCCUUUCGGGUGCUCUGUCUCCCCCUCAGAUGUUUAAAGGCAGCUCUCACUACUCCCCCAAAAUCUUCUUUCCCCUCAAACCCCCGCCCCCCAAAGGUAAAUGUCACUCAGUCCUUUCAUCACACCCCUUAUGCAGGUUCAACCUGUCCCUGUCUUUUUUAAAGCAAUCCAACUAAAACUGAGCACAGGCACGGUUGUAACAAGAACAUCACCUCCCUCAGGCUGGGCUAUGUACCUCUAUUAACGCAACCAAGAGGGUACUCACUUAUCAGACUUUCUGCUCCUAUGCUUACCUGAAACUCAUUCUAGCUUUUAUGAAUUAUGCCCAUACAAAUGUAACUGGAUGAAGCUCAAGAUUUUACAUUAAUAAACCAAUGCUCACUCACCUCCUCCCGUCUCAAUAAAAGUUUGGUUGGCUUCUAAAUCUCACCUAGAGUUGUAGCCUCUUCCUGAGCCCACAUCCAUUCCAGAGAUUCCCUCCCAAUUCCUAAAAAUUCAGUAAGGCAAGAAUCGUUCUCUCUCUUUCUUAGCUAGCAAGCUGGUGCCUUGACACUGUUCUCCUAGUUUAUGGGCUCUCUCUGGCUAAUAGAGAUGCCUCCUCUUUUUCUGGAUCUCUCCCUCCUAAUUAACACUGCCCCCCCGCCCCCCCCCACACACACACACCUCCCCAACUCCACCACUAGGCCCUGGACUCUGCCCUUCUCCAGAGAUUCCAUCCAUUCAUUCCUUCUUAUGAUUACAACUUUCACCGCUCUGAAUCAGAACAAAUUGAACCUAUGGCAAAUUCCCUAGCGUCACCCUAUUAUUUUGUAGACAGUAUGAUAGAGGCUCAGAGAGGUUACAUGGCUUUUCAAAUGCCACACAGUAAGUCUGGCUUCCAUCCCUGCCCCCUUUCCACUGCCUGCUAAGUCUUGAUCUAUCAGAAAACUUGUCUACUUAGAGGAACCACCUAAUAAAAGUUCUCCCUACCUUGGAGAUUGGAGCUCCCUGGAAGACUUCAAAAAUCCUUGAUAACCAGCAUUUAAGGUUACAUCCAUGGAAUUCCAGCACUGGGCUGGAAGCUGGAUCAGAUGUACUGCCUUCCAAUUCUGAGAUGCAUGUCUCUAUGUCUCUAGCCUUGACCUUUCCCAAGAUAUAACCUGUGGUCAUAUCCACCACCAUUGAAAACUCAUGGUUAAAGAUGUCUUUUCUUCCUGGUCCAUCCUCAUUCCCUGUCACCCUCAACCUCAGACCCCAGGUUCGGAGAUCUGCCAUUAUCUAAACACUCUUCCUCUUGCAACCUUCCUAUGCCACCAGCCACCAUGCCCAGCCCAGCCUGACUCUGAAACACUUCUCAGAUCUGUCUUCUCUUCCCUAACAUGUCAUUCUCCAGGCUCAAGUCCCACCCUCACGUGUUUACAUCUCUGCAUGUUUACACCAGGUUCCUUUCUUGCCUUUCCACCUGACCAUCUCACCCCUCCUUUGUGCGCCAUACCAUCUAUAAGUCUUUAUCUUCCUAGAACACCCAGGAAAACACAAUGGCACCCCAUCAUUUAGAGACUAAGGCCAAACUCCACAUCCUGAUAUCUCACACCCUUAUAAUUCCACUUCCAACUAGCAAUCAGCUAAAUUCAUCUCUCACUUCCCCCAUCAUGAAUUCACCCUUCCAACAAGACUAAUGUCCUUUUAUUCAUACCUCCCCAAGCUGGAGUGCCCUCUCUUUCCCUUCACCUACUUUCCACAACCUCCCACCCCUACGUAUUCCAGAAAGUCAUUCCUGAUAGUCUUUCUAGUUAAUUCUGCUCUUACUAGGACGAGACUAUUACAAUUUAUUGAGGGCAGGGAACAAAUCUUUGAUUGUUAUAAUGGAUGCUCAAUAAACAGUUGUCAAA